AUGAUACCGAAUUACAAUUUUGAGUACAAUAAUCUACGCUCUCUCACUAAAGAUGAGUUAAUAGAUGAGAAUCUUAAACUACAAGAGUUACUCGAUAAAACAGAGGAUGAGUUGUUGGAUUUAGCCUAGACAUUAGCGAUUUCUAAUGAGAAUUUACAGCUAGAAUAUCAUAAGUAAUCUAAAAACUAGGAUGAUAUGAAGAAAUCUUAGCUAAGAAUCUUGAAGCUGGAGCAAAAAAUAUAGCAAGAACUUAAAGAUAAAGAUUUGAUAAUGCAAGAUAUGGCUAAAUUAAAUGUGCAGAGGGACUAGUAUAUUAAAGAUGCUAAGUAGAUGUUUACCAAAUAGGUUAGUAUUUCCAAUAACGGGGGUUCUGAGGAGAUAAUAUAAAAGCAAAAGGCUAACUAAGUUAAGAAGAAUAGCAAGAAGAAUCCAUAUCAGACUAAUUUAGCAGGAGUAAUAUAAGGUCAUUAGAAUGGUAAAAAUGAGAAUGUAUUGUUUUAGUAAAGUGAGGAUGCAUUUAAGGAAUUGAUGUCUAGUUCCUAUUCUAAACAGUAUGAUAAAAAAGCAGGUAAAAAUAAAAAUUCUAAUGAAAAAGAGGAAUAAAAGUAAGAAGAUGAGUUUGGACUUUCUGGCAUUAAAUACGAUAGUUUAUUUAGCUGA